AUGACGUCAAAUGAGUACAAGCAAGCUUUGUCGCUGAUCAAACACUGUAUCCUAGCCACAGAUCUGGCUCUAUUCUUCACCAAUAAAGCUGAAUUGAAUAAAAUUGUCGACUCUGGUACGUACGACAUCAAGGAUGAACAUCAUCGGCGACUCACACAAGCGAUACUGAUGACCGGCUGCGAUCUGAUCGCUUCAGCAAAACCAUGGUAUAUCCAAACGGAAACAGUCAAAGUCAUCUUCGAGGAAUUCUACGAGCAAGGUGACGCAGAACGUAUGAGCGGACGAGAACCUAUACCAAUGAUGGACCGUAAUAAAGCCCAUGAGCUUCCACAAAUGCAGGUGGGAUUUAUGCGUGGAAUAUGUCUUCCAUGUUAUGAUUUAAUAGCUAAAGUCAUACCUGAAGCAGCGUUCCUCAGAGACCAAUGCGAGUGA